UGCGAACCAAUGCUGUGAUUCUUUUGAUUCUGAUUUACAUUUUGUCUUGGCUCUUGCAUUUAGUUAGAGAUUGGUUGGUGGGUUUUCUGGGAUUCAGAUGCAAGAUAUUUUUUUGAAGGAUUUGGGUUUGGAUUGGCUGGUGGGCAUUUUGGGAAUCAGUGAAUGAAUUUAGAGAUUGUAGUGCGAUUCGAGUCAUGGGUCAAUCUUUUGGGUCGUAAUCGUGUUGUGGUUAGUCUUGGAUUUGAGGUUCUGAGUCUUAACUCUUCCAUGAUAGGAACAAGCAUCAAAUUGACUUUUGAAGAAAAAUGAUGGCCCACCAAGCUGCUGUGCCAAUUUCUUCAGUAUUUAUCUGUAAAAUUUUCAAUUUUGUUGCAAUAUUCCGCCUUAGAGCAUGAAAAAGUUGUCAAAUUUGGCUAGGUUUUUCAACAUUCUGUUUGUUAACAGGCAGCCAUCGCCUUCUUCAAUCAACUGAUAUCCUCUACUUCAACUAUGCUCAAAUUGAAAAAGUUUUCAUGACUCUUGGUUGACAGUAAAGUUUAUCCUGCUGCACAUUUAUGUUAGCAUUGGUUGUAUUAGUCAUAAUAUCCAUAGUUGUUGGAUUAAUGGGUGCAAUAUUUUCGAAACGGUCAAGUUCAAGAGGAUCUUCUGGUUCACAUUCAUGGAGUCAUCACAACUACCCACAAUCACAGUAUGCUCAACCUAGCCAAGAAUAUGCACCAUGGUACCAUCACCAACCUCCUCCUCAAAGCUAUGCCGGCCAUGCUCAACAAUCAAAAAGGAGGUUGGAGAGAAAGUAUUCAAAGAUCGAUGAUGACUACAGCAGCCUGGAGCAGGUAACCGAGGCACUAGCACGUGCUGGCUUGGAAUCUUCGAAUCUCAUUGUUGGAAUUGAUUUCACAAAGAGCAAUGAAUGGACAGGUGCAAGGUCUUUCAAACGGAGAAGCCUACAUCAUAUUGGAGAUGAGCAGAAUCCUUAUGAGCAAGCAAUCUCUAUCAUUGGGAAAACAUUAUCUUCCUUUGACGAGGAUAACUUGAUUCCCUGUUUUGGAUUUGGAGAUGCAUCAACGCAUGAUCAAGAAGUUUUUAGUUUCUAUCCAGAUGAGAGGUUUUGUAAUGGAUUUGAGGAAGUUUUAAGAAGAUACAAAGAAUUGGUCCCUCAACUACGACUGGCAGGACCGACAUCAUUUGCCCCUAUCAUUGAAAUGGCCAUUACUAUUGUUGAGCAAAGUCGUGGCCAGUACCAUGUAUUAGUGAUAAUAGCGGAUGGACAGGUGACAAGAAGUGUGGAUACUAACAAUGGCCAUCUUAGUCCUCAAGAGAAGAAAACCGUUGAUGCAAUUGUGAAAGCAAGUGAGUACCCCUUGUCAAUUAUUUUAGUCGGCGUUGGAGAUGGACCGUGGGAUAUGAUGAAGGAAUUUGAUGAUAACAUCCCUGCACGUGGAUUUGAUAAUUUUCAGUUUGUGAAUUUUACAGAAAUCAUGUCAAAGAACGUGGAUCGGUCCAGAAAAGAAGCAGAGUUUGCUCUUAAAGCUUUGAUGGAAAUACCCUCUCAAUAUAAAGCUACUCUAGAGCUUAAUUUAUUGGGUGCUAGUAGAGGGAAUGCUAUUGAUAGGGUUUCUCUUCCGCCUCCUCUCUAUGGUGCAAGUUCUUAUAGUGCCUCCAAACCCUCACAGUCGAGUAGUUUUCAACCCGGUGCACCUUCUUCUCGUAGAUAUCCCGCAGAUGUUCCUGUAGCCCCUUCUUCAACUGCCGCUUCAGAUGAUCAUGAUUGCCCCGUUUGUCUGACCAACCCAAGGGACAUGGCUUUCAGUUGUGGACAUCGGACAUGCAGUACCUGUGGAGAUGAUCUUCAGUUAUGCCCCAUUUGCCGGACCACCAUCCAUACGCGAAUAAGGCUCUACUAGAGGCAUCUGCUUGUCUUAAGUGUGAAGACAAUCUUUUUUUCUGCCCUCAGUUUGUUAGUUCAUUGAAACUCUGUUUUCGGGCACGCACGAGACCCGUAAUGCUGGAUUUGUCUAGAUGCAGUAUCUGAUUUCCAUAUCAUUUGGAAGUGGUACUCAUCAGAUGAGCUGUGUAAAUAUUUCAGCUUUUUUUUUUUCAAUUUAUUUGUGGAAAUGAUUCACUGUGAAAUGGGACGUGAUCUUUCGUUCGAACCUUACCUCUGUGCACCAAAGAAAACGGAAGUCAGUAGGUUCUCACUCCUGAAGUCCAGUGAUAUGGCUCGAAUGUAUCAGUCAUAGGCUGUUCGACCAGCCAGGAUGGGUUCAAUAUGGAGGAGAGCUUAAUGUCCGUUUCUUGCUCGGAAGGAGGCCUAGCAGUGUAGUAGAGUUUUAGUGCUUAUGCACCUCCAUUUACCACAUACUCCAUUUUCAAUCAAUUAAAGAAUGCUUA